AUCUUUCAAACGAUAAUUUAAUAUUCUAAUAAUUAUAAUGUCGUAGAAACCUAACUAGUUUUAAAAUGUGUCCCUAUCGUAAAAAAGAUUAGGAAACUAUAUAUGCAGUUCAACGUAUGACGGGAAUAAUAUUAUUUAAUAUAAUUCAAUUACAGGAUGUGGUCUCUUUCAUUGUUUUAUUAUUGGAUUAUGUGGCAUGUGUGCAAUUGCAGAAGCCUGCGUUCUUCCGACUAUUCUAAUUGUAGUUCCAUUCAUGGCAUGUGAUUUAAGCCUAAGUGCAAGCCAAGCAACUGCUGUGCACGCUACGUUAACUUUAGGAAUGGCUGUAGGAGGAUUUCUGUUCGGAAUAAUAAUCGAUGCAAGUGGACGUAAGGGUUCCAUUCCUGUCACUAUGAUCGUUGUAUUUUGCGCUACUAUCAGUUUAUCCUUUGCGCAAACUACAUUUCUGAUAUACAUUUCAACAUUUAUACUUGGAUUAGGAUUAGCUGGUAAUAAUGUGGUUUUAAGAGUAUAUCUAAUCGAAUUACUGCCCAUGAAACGAAGAGGCUUUUGUUUAGUUAUUUUGGAUGUAUUAGGAGUCCUUAGUUACAUAUCUAUUUUAGGAUUGUCAUGGCUGCUAAUGCCCUCGAUCUUACUAUUCCAAAAUAAAAAAUUUCGACCAAAUUCUUGGCGAGUCCUUACAGGAUUAGGAGGUAUACCAAAUUUGAUCAUAGCGUGUGCGACUAGUCUGCUGCCGGCAAGUCCAAGAUAUUUGCUUUAUCGACGACGCCAUGAGGAAGCAUUAUCGAUAUUACGACAAAUUUAUGCUAUUAAUAAUUCGAAACACGUCGAUACUUUCGUACUUUCGCAAAGCAACUUGGAAAACUGUGUUCAACAAAUUGAAGAGGAAGACGAAGAGACGAAUAAUAUGAUCAAAACGAUACAUAAAUUUUGUGUCAAAACGUAUAAACGUAUUCGAGAAAUAUGUAAAUCAUUUAAAUAUACUACAAUAUUAGGAAUCUGUACUAAUUUUCUGCAAUUCCCGGGGAUGAUGUGGGUUGCUCUCUGGAGCGUACAAAUUCUUCAGCAAACGGAAAAUGUACACAAAUCGUCGAGGAAGGAUUACGCAUGCGUUAUUGAUAUAGAAGACUUGGCGUUAGGAUUUUUGCGUAAUUGUCAAGAGGUAGACAUGGAUCGUUUUCGAAUGAUUUUGUAUCUAUCGUUGAGCUAUUUGGUGGCAGAAAUUUUAUUGGCAAUUGGGAUCGAUAUUGUGGGUAGAAAAAUAUUUCUAGUGCUUUCGGGCCUAGUGGGAGCAACAGCAUGCUUGGGCUUAUUGUUUACAGUUCAUAACGUAAUACAACUCGUUCUUUCACUGAUUAUAUUAGCAACUUACGUAAUUGGUCGUACAACAGCGUCGAUAAUCUUGCUGGAAAAUUAUUUUACUGGCGUAAGGGGUACGAUCAUCGGUUUAUCUAGAAUAUUUCCAUACUUGGUCGGUAGUUUUAGUAAAUUAUUUCUAAAUGUACAGUGCGCUUCUAGUAUCAUCGUUAUGUCAGGAAUUUUAAUAAGCGCCGCAGUUGCAGGAUCACGAAUGACUGAUCUAACCCGGUUACCGAUGCAAGAAUAACUCGUUAACAUUCCUCUAUGGUCUUAUAUAAUCUUGACAAAUUAUGGAUUAAUGAUGAUUAAUUUAUUGCAUCAUGAUUGUGAGCACAAUGUAAUUUGCAAAUCUACAACGGAGAGAAUAAAAAUUUUUUUUUUUUUAUACAAAAAAAAAAAGAA